AUGGCAACGAUUGAUGAGGUUGCAGCAAGCUUUGCAUCGUCGCUGGCUCUGCUAGGUGACGAUGUCGUGGAUCUCUCCAAGAUGUCGGGUGCGGAUACCAGGCGUGAAUCUCAGGCCUAUCUCCUUGCAAGGCCUCUCACAUCGAAGCCGUUUACGGCACCAGAUCUGCAGCGCCACUUCAAGCGCGUAUGGGUUCUCAAUGCUGCUUUCACUGUCCAAGAAAGGGCUCAGAAACUCUUUGUGAUAGCGUUCGAUCUGCGCAAGGAUAGGAACAAGGUACUGAAGGGAGGUCCUUGGUAUUUCCAGCGUGCUCCAGUUGUCAUCCAUGAUUAUGAUGGCUUGAAAUCCCCCACUGCAAUCCAGAUGGAUGAGCUGUUCCUGUGGGUGAAGAUUCGUAACAUACCACCGGCCUUGGAGGUAAAGCAUACCAUCAUGAAUAUUGCUUCGGUUGCUGGCAGGUUUCUGGAAUGGGAUGACAAGCUAUUCAAGGCGUCUGGGGCUGUUAGGGUUCACGUGGCGCAUCAGAUCGCUAAACCUUUCUUCCUGACAGAAACUCUCAAACUAGCACCGGGAGUGAUUGAGGAAAUAUCCUUUUUCUUUGAAAACCUUCUGGGCCGCUGUCAUGAUUGUGGUCUUAUUGUUCAUGAGCAUGGGACUUGCCAACUUGCAGGAAAGAACGCGCACUAG